AUGGUAUUCCUUCGUUUCAUCUGGCUUAUGGCCUUCAUCGCUGGUGCUCUUGCCGCCACCACCACUUCCACAUCAUCCUCGUCGUCGUCGUCAUCAUCUUCCACCAAACCUACGAUGAUCUGGGUCACUGGCACAAACCCCCAAGGCCAGUUGACCACUACAGAGAGUCCAUUUUCCCAGUCAAUGUUUGUUGAAAAUACAGACACCACGCCAGUGCCAUCAGGAAGCAUGGGCAUGGGAUCUAUUUCUGGCGAAGUGGGUAAGGUUCAGUCGUAUUCUAGAGUCACCAUCUCAGCAGGAGGCUCAUUUGCGCAUGGAUCAAUGGCGAACGAGAGAACCUUCCUCGCAUGGCUUCGAACAUCGCUAUCGCUCACUACCAUUGGUAUUGGCAUAGUGCAACUCUUUAAACUUCAGCUUAAAGGCGAGUACGACGAGUUGGCUAAGUUCGGUAAACCCAUUGGUGCUGGUUUCUUUAUCCUAGGCAUUUCGUGCCUCUUGUUUGGCUGCUAUCGUUUCUUUAACGUGCAAGCUUUACUCUUGAACCAGAAGUACCCUAUCUCGUAUUUCUCGGUGCUGCUGUUGGUUGCAGCUGUCUUUGUCUUGGUCUUUGCUACCCUGGGUAAAGUCCACGGUUCCUUGGCUCGUGCCGGUAAGGUUAAGUCUCAGACUCCAAAGGUUGACAAGCAGGAAAAGCCAAAGCAGCCUAAGGGAAGAGCUUACAUGAGAUUGUUGUACACCAAGAGAUUUGUUAACGUCACCUUGGUCAACGGUAAGAGAAAGGCUAACUCCAACUCUGCCUAA